AUGAAGCAGCUGAAAAGGAAAAGGAAAAGCAAUUUUAGUGUUCAAGAAACUCAGACUCUUUUGAAAGAAAUUACAAAAAGGAAAGAAGUCAUUUUUUCCAAGCAACUCAACACAACCAUUAACGUGAUGAAGCGCAUGGCCUGGGAGGAGAUCGCGCAGUGUGUGAAUGCCGUGGGAGAGGGGGAGCAGAGGACGGGCACCGAAGUGAAAAGGCGGUACCUGGACUGGCGAGCCCUUAUGAAGAGAAAGAGGAUGAAAGCGAACAUUAAGCUGGUUGGUUCUGGCUUUCCCCUUCCUUCAUCUGACUUAGAUGACUCUCUUACAGAAGAGAUAGACGAAAAGAUUGGAUUCCGAAAUGAUGCAAAUUUUGAUUGGCAAAAUGUGGCAGAUUUCAGGGAUGCAGGGGGAUCCUUAACUGAGGUCAAAGUGGAAGAGGAAGAAAGAGAUCCCCAGAGUCCUGAGUUUGAGAUCGAGGAGGAGGAGGAAAUCCUGUCCUCGGUCAUACCGGAUCCCCGGAGGGAAAAUGAGCUUCCUGACUUCCCUCACAUCGAUGAGUUUUUUACCCUGAACUCCACACCCUCUAGAUCCGCCUACGAUGAGCCCCACUUGCUUGUAAACAUAGAGAAGCAGAAGCUGGAGCUGGAGAAGCGCCGGCUGGACAUCGAGGCCGAGAGGCUGCAGGUGGAGAAGGAGCGGCUGCAGAUCGAGAAGGAGCGGCUGCGGCACCUGGACAUGGAGCACGAGCGGCUGCAGCUGGCCAAGGAGCGGCUGCAGAUCGAGAGGGAGAAGCUCAGGUUACAGAUCGUCAGCUCGGAGAAGCCGUCUGUGGAAAACGAACUCGGUCCAGGGGAAAAGCCCAUCCUUCAACCGCAGGACAUAGAGGCAGAGAAGUUAAAACUCGAGAGAGAACGCUUGCAACUGGAGAAGGAUAGGCUGCAGUUUUUGAAGUUUGAAUCGGAGAAGCUGCAGAUUGAAAAGGAACGCUUACAAGUAGAGAAAGAGAGACUCCGGAUUCAGAAGGAAGGACACCUGCAGUGA